AUGAGGGACCGAAGCCCUACCAACGAAUACGGCACCCAAUGGAGUCGUCAAGAAGUAGCUGAUGGUAGUGGUGCUGUCAAAGGCUCGUACUCUUACCGGGACGCAGCCGGCAUAUUCAGGACUGUGGAGUACAUUGCAGAUGAUGUCCACGGAUUCCGUGCCAAUGUCCAGAGCAAUGAGCCGGGUCUGGUCAGCUCUGCGCCCGCAGGAGUCACCUAUAAUGUUCAGGGCAAAAAAUAA